CCAGCGCAGAGCUGAGCAGAGCUGACAAUGGCUGUUGACUUUGCCCAGGUCCUGGCAGAGAUCGGGGGCUUUGGCACCUUCCAGAUCCGGCUGCUGGUCCUCAUGUGCAUCCCCAACUUCUUGUCGGCCUACUACAUGUUUGCCCAGGUCUUCAUGGUUUUGGAAGAGCCUCACCACUGUGCCCUUGCUAGCUGGGUCCAGAACAGCUUUCCCAACCUGACUGCCGAGGAGAAGCUGAAUCUCACUGUGCCUAGGACUGAGACUGGGGAAUUGGAGUCCUGCCUCAUGUACGUGCCACCCCCCGCAGACUGGAGCCUCGAGGACAUCCUGCGCUACGGCCUCAAUGACACACAGCCUUGCCAAGAGGGCUGGCAGUACCCGGAGAAGAACCCACCCUCUCUGGAGAAUGAGUUUGACCUGGUCUGUGAGUGGAGGCAUGAAAAAGAGACCUCCCAGUCUGUGUACAUGGCUGGACUUCUGGUUGGAGCAGCCAUCUUUGGACCUCUCUGUGACAGGAUUGGCCGAAGGCCCACCAUCCUUAUCUUGCUGGUCCUACAUGCUGUGUUUGGCAUUGGGACAGCCUUCGUCCCCGACUUCUACGUCUACAUGGCUUUCCGGUUUGCUGUAGCCACAGCAGUGGCUGGCUAUGCCAUCAGCAAUGUCACUUUGACCACAGAGUGGGUCUCUGCCUCCAAACGGACGAUGGCCGUGGUCAUCUCCCAGUGCAGCUUCUCAGUGGGGCAGAUAGUGCUGGCUGGCCUGGCCUAUGGAAUUCGGAACUGGAGGUUGUUCCAGAUCGCAGGCACUUCCCCUAUCUUACUGCUGUUCUUCUAUUGGUGGGUGCUUCCUGAAUCUCCAAGGUGGCUGCUGACCCAAGGGAAAGUAGAGGAGGCCAAGGAAUUGGUCCAGAAAGCAGCCUUGAUAAACAAGCGCAGUGUGUCUCCGGAGACCCUCAGCCAGCUAGCUCCAGAGAAGGCAGCACCCAAGGGAAAUGCCCUGGACAUGUUCCGGCACCCUUGGCUCCGGAAGGUGACACUCAUUCUCUUCUGUGUCUGGUUUGUGGACAGCCUUGGCUACUAUGGCCUUGGCUUCAACGUGGGGGGCUUCGGCCUGGACAUCUACCUGACGCAGAUGAUCUUCGGGCUUGUGGAGGUACCUGCUCGCUCGUCUGUCAGCUUCAUGGUGCAAAAAUUUGGCAGGAGGAAGAGCCAGAUGGGAACACUGAUCACAGGCGGCCUCAUGUCCCUCGCCAUCAUCUUCGUCCCCUCAAGUUAUCCCACAGUCAGCACGGUGCUGGCCGUGGUGGGGAAGUUUGCCACGGCUGCCGCCUUCACCACCUCCUACAUAUACUCAGCAGAGCUUUUCCCCACCAUCAUCAGGCAGACAGGCAUGGGGCUGGUGGCCACGUUCUCUCGGCUUGGAGGCAUCCUCACACCCUUGGUGACCCUCCUGGAUGACUAUCAUCAUGCCAUCCCCUUGGCCAUCUAUGGAUCCUUACCAGUCCUGGUUGGGGUUCUCUGUGUCAUGCUUCCUGAAACUAAAGGAAAGCCCUUAAAGGAUGCAAUAGAUGACCUGGAGCCAAAAGCCCCCAAAGGAGCCCAGAAUUCAGAACCUGAUCCCGCUGAGAAAGGAGAGAUGUCAGCCCAGGAGAAUGGCACUGUGGGCUCUCCCAACACCACCCACUUCUGAGGAGCUGUGGGGCCCUGAUGGCCAGCAGAAACGCCACUGUCCUCCAUCUGUCAGAUCCCGGCAGGGCUGGACCCCAAAUGGGAAGUGCCAAACACUUUCUCACUGAAAGAGAUGUCAUCUCAAGCCUGGCUUCUGCAGCAUCCAACAGCCAGGGGUUCCUUGCCCUCUCCUCCCUCCGAUAUGGGAGCAGAAAUCCCCUGCCUCCUUAGACUUCAAUCUGCUUUCCCUCUGCAUUGGCCAUCUUCCAUGCCCAGUUUGCCAUCAAUCUUGACCUUCUCUCAGGGUCCCUUGCUUCCUUACAGGAACAGAUUUAAGUUGAGUCCAGGAAGGACUCACAGCAAGAGCCUUUUCUCAUCUCCCCAGUGCUUUGGGUCCUACUUCUGUGUUAGGCCCCUCCUCCAAAGAAAAUGGAAACUCCUGAAGGGCAGGGACUCUUGUUUUUGUACCAUUAGAGUCUAGCACAACACCUUGAACAUAGUAAGUGCUUAAAUUUUUGUUGAAUUUAUUUGACUUCUACCAGAAGUUAUUUAAUAACAGCACAAAGUCCUUCUCCAUCCCCAGCCAAGCCUGAAGGCUUUAACUUUGCACAC